AUGAGUGACAUUGGGUGGCCAAAAGGUCAGGAAUCCCUGGCGUCUGAGAGCUCCAGCUCUUCUUCAAACCGAACUCCACAAACUCCACCAUCUGCAACUGCAUCUGCUGCUACUAUUAUCUCUGAUGAAGAGCUGAAUUCAGGUCAACUAGCUGACAAAGGAACUGGAAUUACUUCUUCAAUUGUUGUUGAUCCACCAGAAGAUAAUGAGUUAAGUUCUGAACAAAGUUUACCCUUAUCACCACCUGCACACAUUCUGAAGAGGUUGACUCCUUUGAAAAGAGUUAGAAAUUCAAACACUAGCCCUUCUAGCUCUUCUGCUGUCUUUCCUGAUUCUAAUACAGGCUCACCUCCAAGACGGAAAACUAAAACUCAUAAACCAAGAACUCUGAGUGCUACGGAAGUUGUGAAUAAAGUCACAAGACUGCAAAUUUCAGAAUCUUUGAAGCGUGAAGAGAAAAAAGAGGCACUGAAACAGAAACUUGAAAAGGCAUUGAAGAAUAGAGAAGAAGUUAAUAAGAAAAAGAGUGAAAAUGCCAAAAAGUUUAUAGAAAAUUCAAGAAUUUGGAAUUCAUUUUUGGAAACUCAUGAUGAUUUUAAAUUGCAGAAUUCUGAUGAAGAAUUGGAAGUUGAUGCUGGUGAACCUGCAAAUGUCAACAAUGAGUUCAGUGGUACACCUGCUGCUGGGUUAACAUCCUUCUUGAUCCGUAUAGAUGAUGUUUUGAAGAUUCAAAAAUCUAUUAGAGCACAUUUCUUCAAAUCCCAAGUCAACACAAAACCCCCUUUAUUAAAUGUUUUACAGUCAAGUGACGUUUUGAAAAAGUUGAAUGAAACUUCCUUUGAUGAUGUUCGAGGUUUAAUUCUAGAAGAAAGCUCAAAGAGCCUUAUAAGGAAUUUUUUACAUUCAAUUGGUGCCCCUUUGAUUACACCUCUAGAGAAUUCUACGCUGGUUAGUGAAACCAUAUUUUUAUUAGCUAUUUGUCUUCUUCAUGUCAAGGUGAAUUGUUCUAAAUCAAAUGAGUUUGAUUCUUUGUUUAGGGCAAAACUAGGCGAGGAUGCUAAAAAACAUUAUGAGGGAUAUCGCCAUCCAACUUUCAUGAGGUUGCACUAUGAUGAUGAUGAGUUUUCAAAUUUCCUUAUUGAAAAGCUAACAAAUUGCUCAGAAAGACUCUUAAAAUUUUUCAAAAUUUUGAUUGAUCAAAGGAAAGUUGUUGAUUUCAAGUAUUAUGACAUGGAUAGAUUCAAUUUCUUGAAGGCCUGGAGACAAUAUUUGGAAUUGUUUUUGAUUUUAUCUGAUGAUCGUGAUACAAAAUUGUUGCAUCUGUUGUUCAAAGCAAAUGAUGUUUUGGUGUCUUCACUUGCGAUCCAAGAGCAUAUCAAUGAAAAUGAAUAUAUUGGUUUUGAUAAUCAUGAGUUGCAGAGGGUAGUUGGCUGUUUAACUGAAACGCUUUUGGAUCAGAAGAAGGAAAUUGUUGCCUCUGUGAAGUAUUUAUCUAAAGUGCAACCGCGUUGGGGAAUUUCUUUUUCAUAUAAAGGACAUCGAUGGCUUACUAGAGGAUUCACAUUGGAACAGAAAAGAUCGCAACUUUAUGAAACAUAUAUAUUCUGGACCUCUUCUUCAGGCACUGCACUAAACAUUAUACCACCGGCUCUCCCAGGCAUCACCACAAAUGAGUGGAGAAGGUACUUGUUGUUAGGUGUUUACCGAAAUUUAGACAACUGGGUUAAAAAUUUAACAAAAUAUAGAACAUUGGUCGCUCCUCGGACUCUUAGAAGUGGUUUCAGAAGAUCAUCAUACCCAUUUGCGGCUCAAAUAUCAAGUUCUAGACACACUAAUGUGUGUUAUAGACCAUCUAUUGAACAUGUUAAUUUUGCAUUGAAGAUUGAAGAUGAUUUCAAUAUUUUAUUUGAAAAAAUCAUUAUUUGUCGUGAGAUAAAAGAAGAUUUCAAACCAGUUGCAUCCUUGAUUGUAACAAAAUCGUUAAAGUUUUUGCGGGACUUAAGUUGUUUAUUGACAGAUCAUCAUCAGCUUGAGUUGUUUUAUGAAUCACUUGCUCAAAUUUUAGAUUCAGUGAGGAAAUUUAUUCCUUGUGAGCUUGAGAAUGAGAUUCCAUUUGAAACAAUAUCCAAUGAAAUUUAUGACGAUUAUGGGAAGUUCGAAGUUUUCAUUUAUUCCUUUUGUGUGGUUUUGAAGACACUUGGUGCAGAAAAGUAUACAGCUUAUUCGAAAUUUGGCAUUUCCAAAGAUUCAUUGAAUAAAUUUGAGGUUUUGGCUAAAAGUUGUGAGCUGAAAGUUGAUAUUGAAAAAGUUGGUAAUGGUGAACAAUUUGAUGUAAUACUUUUAGCUUGGAGAGGCUUGAUGAUUGAAAUGACUAGUAUCUGGAUACAUCACUUCAAAACAUCAAGAAUUGCAUUACACCGUAAAACAUAUGGGUUCAUUGAUAGAUUUUAUUUUUCAAAGUAUAUUUUGCAUCCUGAGUUUGAUUUGGAUGUCUUGAGAAGAAAUUGGAAAUUUGAGGUUAGAAAUACUUGUAUCAGUCAAUUCAUUGAAGUUGAGUCUCCAUUAAAUCACUCAGUGACUUGUUUACGAGCAGAUAAAAACAAAAUGACUUGUGAGUUCAUCAUGGCCAAAAUGUUUGAUUUAAUAAAGAAUGGGUCUGAGAAAUUGAGAUUGCCUUUAACAUUUGAUGUUUGUCACCCUUUUAUAAUUGAACAAGUGAACAACUAUAAGUUGAUUCUUCAAGUUAUAUUUAUCCAAUUUGCAGUGGACUAUUUCUUGGGUCAUACACCCCUUGUUCUCACUGGUGAAGAAAACUUAAACAAUGGUAUCGAUUAUGACACAAUGAACAAAUCCAUUAUCAAACCAAAUAUUCCUAAGCUUGGCAGAUCAAUAUUUAAGUAUUUCAAAGAUGAAGAUGUUAUCAUAAACCCAAACUUUAUGUUGGAUGAUUGUGAUAUUCAAAACAUUUUGGAAAUAAUAAAGACCCAUAUUGAGGAUAAAAUUGCUAAUGAUCCAAGAACUAGAGAUCUUUACUCGCACUCUGGAAAUUCUUCAGAUGGAUAUGAUAAACUUGCAAGAAAUAAUUCAACUGAGAGUUCAUUGGCGGGGGUUUUGAAAAAGAUUAAAUAUUAUCCAUUCCUUGCAAAACAAUGUAACACUGGUUUUUAUUUGGGAGUAUCACAACGAUGGAAAGCUGAAGGUUUCAAAGGUAUGGAUGGGUAUGUUGAAGGUGUAGAAAAAGAAUUUCAUGCGAUGGCAUUUGAAAUGAGGAAGAUUAUACGAGUGAGUUGUUGUGUUUUUGGUGAUUUGAUUUAUUGA